AUGGCAGAAGGACUGAAACCGCCUCAAGCAUUCACAACCACACUGGAAGCAGCCAAAGAAUGGCCACAGUGGCGGGACCAUUUUACAUUCUACAUGACAGCAACAAAGAAGGACAAAGAAGACGAGAAAACGAAAGUCGCAAUACUACUCACGGCAAUGGGAGGGGAAGCCAUCUCCGUCUACCGAACAUUCACUUGGGCCGCAGACGGCGACGAGGACAAACUGGACUGCGUCAUUAGAGCGUUCAACAACUACUUCAAGCCUAAAAGUAAUGAAAUCUACGAAAGAUUCCUGUUCCUGCAGAGGAAACAACAACCGAAUGAGCCCUUCGACAGCUUCUACACAGAUUUGCUGCGCCUGGUGGAAACCUGCGGAUAUCACCAAGAGGAGAAAACGAAGAUCAUCCGGGACCAGAUUGUAAUCAAUAUCACCGCAGACAACGUCCGCGAGAAACUGUUGGCAGAAUCUGACCUAACCCUAACCAAAGCUGUAGACAUGUGCAGGUCAAUGGAAGCGACAACCCGUUACAUUGCCAGUAUGACAUCAACCGCCACAGCCUUGAAAGAAUGCGUCACCGACGCGGCGGCGGUACACAUGGUGAAAGCCAUGAAGCAGCGCCCUUGCCACUACUGCGCGACAAACCACAAACCAAAAAACUGCCCAGCAUGGGGAAAACAAUGCAAAUAUUGCGGCAUUAUGAAUCACACGGCGGAAGCAUGCAAAAAGGCAGAAAAGGACAGACUAGCCCGACGACAAACAACAAAGGAGACGGCCAAUGCGAUAUCGCCACAACGAGCCACACCAGACACACCAGAGAACGAGGAGAGAGACCAUUUCGCUUACUGCACCGGUACCACGACACAAACCAGUAAAACAAAGGCUAAAGUCUGGAACAUAAUACUGGACAUAGGAGGGAGAGGUUUGAAAGCCAAAAUCGACACAGGUGCAACGUGCAACAUACUGCCAUUCACUGCUUACCGCGUCCUCUGUGCUAGCCCUCCCACGCCAACAGAAGUUCAGCUAACAGCAUACGGAGGAACAAAAUUAGAUGUCUGUGGGAAAACAACCAUGGAGGCAACAUUUCAAGGAGUCACCCGCAGGAUGGAAUUCAUCAUAGUACGAGAGAACGUGGAGACGCUCAUAGGAUUGCCUUCCAUCACUGACUUGGGACUAAUACAACAGACCCUAGCAGUGGAUGCAACAGGGGACACACCCACAGCUAUAUCAGAGUUCAAAGAUGUCUUUAAAGGACUGGGACGACUACCAGGAGAGUACAGCAUCAAACUAAAGACAAAUGCACAACCAGUCAUCCAACCAGCUAGAAGAGUUCCAUUUAGGUACAGACAGGAACUGAAGUCACAACUGGAUGAAAUGGAGAAACAAGGCAUCAUAGCCAAAGUAACAGAGGCUACUAAUUGGGUCAGUCCCAUAGUCCUUGUAACAAAGCCAGGUAAAGACAAACCAAGGAUAUGCAUUGAUCCAGGAGCGUUGAACAAGGCUAUACAAAGGGAGCACUAUCAAUUGAAAACACCCGAAGAGAUAUUCGGCACGUUGGCAGGCUCACAAUAUUUCUCAACCCUAGAUGCUACAUCUGGUUUUCUACAGAUUGCCCUAGACAAGGAAAGUAGCUACUUGACAACAGUGGCAACUCCUUUUGGGCGCUACCGGUAUUGCCGACUACCUUUCGGAAUCAGCUCUGCCCCAGAAGUGUUUCACAGAAUAGUGACAGAAUCCUUUGCAGACAUACCUGGGGUACACACCUAUGUGGAUGACAUCCUUGUAUCAGGCUGUAGCGUAGAGGAGCACGACAAACGCCUUCAGAUGGUCCUCGAAAGGUGUAGGGAGCUGAACCUUAGACUCAACCGAUCCAAAUGCCAGUUCAGAAAGACUGAAUUAAAGUAUCUGGGACAUGUGCUUACAUCAGAAGGGAUAAAACCUGACCCAGAAAAAGUCGAGGCCAUUGAGCAAUUCCCAAAGCCACAGUCCAAGACAGAUGUUUCAAGACUCCUGGGCCUGGUUACAUAUUUGUCGAAAUUUUGUCCUACUUUGGCUAAGACAGCCAGCCCACUGCGACAGCUAACACAGCAGGAGACUGCAUGGGUGUGGGACUCCGUUCACGACCGCACCCUACAGCAUGUGAAAGAUCUAGUGACAAAGGCCCCAGUACUACGACUUUUUGAUCCAGCAUUACCAGUGAGACUAACUGUGGACGCAUCACAACAUGGGUUGGGAGCAGCUGUUAUUCAAGAGGGGCACCCAGUAGAAUACGCGUCAAGAACAAUGUCCAGCAUACAACAGAAAUAUGCACAAAUAGAGAAGGAAAUGCUUGCCAUCCAGUUUGGACUAACAAGAUUCCAUCAGUAUGUGUAUGGACAAGAUGUCAUAGUGGAGACUGACCACAAGCCACUACUUGGAAUACUGAAAAAGCCCCUUGCUGAAGUCAGUCCUAGGCUUCAGAGAAUGCGCCUACGAUGUCUCAAAUACAACUACACGCUAGAGCACCAUUCCGGGAAAGAAAUGGUCCUGGCCGAUUCUCUGAGCAGAAUGCCAUCUACAACACCCUAUACAGACUAUGAUGAACUAACAGAAGAGCAAAUCGACUCCGUCACAGAGCAAAUCAUUCCCACACCACUUGGACGUGAAAGAUGUACGGAAGCGACCAGACAAGACCCUACAAUGCAGGCACUCAUCACUUACAUACACACAGGAUGGCCACCUACAAGGAGGAGUGUCCCGGGUCCAAUCAAACCGUACUGGAAUGUGAGACACGACCUAACAGAGAAAGACGGCAUUGUCCUCAAAGGAAGCCAAGCUGUCGUCCCUGUGACAAUGCGCAAAACGGUGAUGAACAGUAUACAUGAGGGACACUAUGGAAUAGUGAAGUGUAUAGAAAGGGCCAAGACGUCAGUGUACUGGCCUGGCUACACCAAUGAAAUACAUGACAUGGUAGCGAGUUGCAGCAAAUGCCAAGAAAAUCGAAGCCAGAACCCAAAGCCAGACACUAAACCUCAUGAUGUUCCACACUACCCCUACCAGAAAGUGGGAACAGACUUGUUUGAACUACAAGGGGAACAUUACCUACUUACCAUCGAUUACUACAGCAAAUGGGUGACCAUAGAUCACCUCCAGUCAACGAAAGCAGCUGAUGUGAUAACUAUCCUAGACAAGCAUUUUGCCAAUUUUGGAAUACCAGAAACAAUAUUCUCGGACAACGGGCCACAAUACGCCAACGAAGAAUUUCGCAAGUUCUCCAGGAAGCUGGGAUUUCAACACACCACAUCCAGUCCAGGCUACCCAGCCAGCAACGGCCAAGCGGAAAGAGGUGUCCAAACAGUCAAGAAAAUGAUGGCCAAGAUGUUGGAGGAGGGCCGUACAAUCAAUGACGCUCUAAGAGUCCUUAGGAACACACCAAUGGGAGGAGACCUGCCUACUCCUGCCAUCCUGCUACAGGGGAGACACCUCCGAACCCAACUAACAAUAAAUACUGAGACUCUGGUUCCACAUAACAUGGAUGCAGACAAGACCAGACAAAAACUAAUCGCCCACCAAUCCCAAUAUGCGUUCUAUGGAGCCACAGGAAACACAACGAACUCACCUCUGCUUCCUGAUGAAAGCGUAAGGACAAUGAGAGGAAAAAAAUGGGUACCAGCAAAAGUCAUUGGACACCACACAGAGCCCCAAUCCUACAUCCUCAGACUAGCAAAUGGACGGACAGUGAGAAGAACUAGAACACACAUAAACAGGACAACAGAAGUGUGGGAUGACAACACAAUGUUCGCUAAGUACACUCCGACGGGACAACAAACAAACACCAGCCUGUCAGAAGGACAACCACCAAAUCAACCUGAAGAGACAAACGUACUGCCAGACACGGAGAUCAGAUCUCCGAAUACAGAAAGCCCUCCAAAAUCUGCCAAGUCCCCAACUGCACCUGCAAGUCAACCUGCAGUCAAAACAACAAGGCUGGGGAGGAUCUCAAGACCACCACGACGCCUACUGGAGGACUACACUACGUAAUUAGCAACCAUUGCUUGACACUGCACUUUUGAGUUGAAGCCACCCAGAGACAGAUAGAUGACAUGUAAUGUAAUUAGAUUCACUAUCCCGUAUGUGUAAUCGGAAAUAGACCAGAACGAUUCUGACUGUCACGAAGUGCACAGCUGUAACCGUUAUCUUACACCGACCACCUAUGUUAUACAUAUCAACGUGACUGUUUAGUGCAGCGCCUUCUAGAUGUUGGAGCAAGUUGGUGUCGAGUUGCAACGAUCGAGAACAAGACGAUUCCUCUAGAACUUAUUGGACAACGCAGAACAAUCUCAAAUACAACAAAACUAUCAAUCUAUUCCAAUGUCAUGUCAACAACCCCUAGGUACCAGACAUCGGUCACUGUGACGAGUUUCUGCUGUGAUGGUUUUUUUGCUGUGAUGGGUUUUCUGCUGUGACGUUUUUUUUGCUGUGAUGGAUUUUCUGCUGUGACGGUUUUCUGCUUGUAAUACUGCAAGAUGUAGCGAUCGAACACGCGUGCGUAAUAGUCACAUGCACAUGUCCAAGUCUGAUGUCUCGACUAUCGGGCAGUGGAAGCAGCAAAGACUUUUGAGCUUUCUGGCGUCCAAGAUCGGCUGCUGCAAAGUUAUGCGUACAGAUUAUGGAACUGAGAAUUGCCACCUAGCUACAGCCUAAAUAGCGUUUAGAUCCAAUGCUAACGAUAGCUUAGCUGAUCACCAAAGUUUUCGUUAUGGGAAGUCUACCACAAACACAAGAAUAGAGGGUCUUUGGUCCCACUUGCGAGCACAGACGAGUGACCACUGGAUUUCAAAAUUUCAAGAGCUAAUCGAUGGUGGAUGGAUAUGUCCCAAUGAUGAACUGAAAAUGUGCACUAUUAUUCCGUUUUGGUUACAGCGUUCUAGAUGCGUUUAUGUACAGGUGUUGUUUUUGGUAUGCAUUCACUGGCGUUCUAGAAGCAGAACUGGACGCAUUUCGUCAGUGGUGGAACACCCACAGAAUAAGGAAGACGAAAACUGGGCAAUGUCCUGGCGGCAUUCCAGAGGAUAUCUUUGCUUUGCCUCAGCUAACCGGAACGCAGGACUACUUGUGCCCUAUUGAUUCUGAGGUGUUUGGCGAGGCUUAUGAGCAACUGGCCUCUGUUGAGCCUAGCUUCUAUAGUCAAAGGUUUGAAGACGCCGCUCAGAGUUGUCUUAGUGUGAUGGGAAUCAGAGCUGCAAACAUAGCUUCAGAAAACUGUGUGAUGGUUUAUAAAUAUUUAAUAGCGUUCAUUGAAUAUAUGCACAUUAAUUAGUUAUGGCAACAAAGUAUAGCAAUUCUCUUCUUUUUUUGUCUCGGAAGACAAAUUAAUGUAAAUUUAAAAAUAACUUAAUUUUAAAUUAUUAAAAAUUGAGCGUUAUAAGUGUAAACAUAUCAUAUUUUGCAAGGAGGUUACCAAUGAAUUGAUAAUUAAUAUCUUUAGAACGGUGAAUUGCUAUGGUGAUUGAAUAAUACUAUAUUAAUUAUUUAACAAGCUAAACCAUAUUCGA